AUGGUCAGAGAGUAUACGACCAGCUUCACAAAGAAGUCUAGAUUCACAGAGCAUUAUGUCUCUACUGAGGAGAGACGGGUAGAGCGUUUCAUGUGGGGAUUGAAAGCAUCCAUCAGGGAGUUUGUCCUCACCAUGAAACCAACUACUUUCCAAGAGGCUGUGAAUGCAGCCAAAGUUAGAGAAAAGAAAAUGGUCCGCCAAGAAUCCGAGCGGGGCCAGCUGAAGAGGAAAUCGGAGGGUUCAAACAACGAAGCCCGAAGACAAAAAGUUGGGAACUCAGAAAGAAAGGUAUGGCAAGGAAAAUCGGGCAAACCAUAUCCUAAAUGCAACCUUGUGCAUAGAGGAGAAUGCCUGGUUAAGCCCAAGGUCUGCUACCGGUGUGGGAAGGCUGGACACUUGUCCCAAGACUGCAGAAUGGAACGAAGAGAGAGAUUAUGCUGCAUCUGUAAGUCACCCAAUCAUGUGCAAGCAGACUGUCCGUAA